AUCAAAGAAUUCGUUAGACGCAAUAGAGGCGAGAUUCUGGAGGACCUUAAAAGUUUGAAUAGCUUUUCUACUAAAAUCUCCGAAGACCUCGUGGCUCGUUUAAAAUCCUACGAGGUUAUAGAAGAUAUUAAGAUCGAUCUGCAGGCGGCAAGAUACACCGGCCUAUCCUAUACUAGAGAUACUAGACGAUAUCGUAUUAUAAGAGAAAAAGCGCCUUAUUCGAUAUCUAGGCCUCGAAACUACCCUAGAUCGACAACCAUCGGAUAUAUCCUAUACCUCGCCCUCCUUAUUUUUCAUCGAAUCUACCCCGAAUUCUAUACCGGGAAAAGCUCCGUCUUAGAGGGCCUAACAAAAUUAAAAUUUCCUCGAAAUAGUGGCUUAUAUACCCGAUUUACGACGCAGAUUAUAUUUCGGAGAGAUCCGAGCUUAAAAAUACAGAAAAUUUACGAAGCGAUAGGCUUAUUAACGUUAGUAGGAGAAAACCUCCCUACUUUUUCCUCUAAUAUUCUUCGGCUAGAGAUUCAUAGACCUUAUAAAAAUCAUCUUAGUAUAAUUAAUAUUCUAGGAAUUUUCAAAACUACAAUACCUAGCUUAACUUCAAAGUUAGAUAUCACCCUUAUAAGGGAUAUAAUUAUUGAAAUAUCUAGAGAGUUAGACCCGGAUAGAAUAAGAAUCUUACGGAUCCUUACAAAACUAGACCUUAUCGAUAAAGAAGCAGAGGAUAAGAUUAUUAAACUUAUCGAAGGAAAAUAA